AUGGAUGAUGAUAAUAAUAGCGAAUUUGACAUCAACGAAGAAGAUAAUAAUGAUGAAGAUAGUGAUAACGAUCAGGACAAUUAUUGGGACUGGGACUCUAGAAAAAAAUUUACCAGAUGGGAUUAUAAAAGAUGUUUUGGUGAAGAUGCUUUGAAAAAGCUUUAUCGAGACCAGGAAGCUCGUCAACAUUUUAUUCUUCUUAGAUUUAAUUCAUUUGGAGUAUUAGAAUACAACGCAUUAUUAGAUGCUCUAGCUUAUCCUGUGAAAGGUUUAAAUCUUUUCGAAUAUGAUGAACUCGGAACCCUCUUAUCCAAAUAUCUCACUUGUAAACUGGCUUCUUAUUCACUCUUUACCAAAGCAUACUGUUCUCCUGAAGGUGUCAGCUUUGAUCUUUCAAAUCGUAUACCCAGAUCUCAGUAA